GAUUUCCACCACAUGGAAUCUGCUGUUGAAUUCCACAUGGAAUUUAAGCUGUUGGGUCCUGAAACUUUAUUCAGCAGUUUGAAACAAUUCCACAGCUUUGCUCAUUCACUCUCCCACUUGGGACUAAUGCACAGACAUGAACACCUAUUGAGGAAAACCACAAGGACUUCAACCAGAUACUACGGGAAAAAAGAGUUUGUUCCACAGUCAUCAGGUCAGUAGUUUCCUAACUUUCAGUCACCUUGUGUUUGCUGCAAUGAAGACUGUACACUUUAUGCUUCUCCUGCUACUCUUCGUGCCUCUGACACAGCAAACACCACAGACGCAGCUGGACUCACAUGUUAACUAUGAGUAUGGAACAGACAAUUCUGAAGAAACCAAAUUUAGCCAGGAUUAUGAAGAGAAAUACCUGGAUGAGAAAAGUAUUAAGGAAAAAGAAAUUAUGAUAAUUCCUGAUGAGAAAAGUAUUCAGUUACAAAACGAUGAAGCUACACCAUCAUUACCUACCAAGAAAGAAAAUGAUGAAAUGCCUACAUGCCUGUUGUGUGUCUGUUUAAGUGGCUCUGUCUACUGUGAAGAAGUUGACAUUGAUGCUGUACCACCAUUGCCAAAGGAAUCAGCUUACCUUUAUGCACGAUUCAACAAAAUUAAAAAGCUGACUGCCAAGGAUUUUGCAGACAUGCCUAACCUAAGAAGACUUGAUUUUACGGGAAAUUUGAUAGAAGACAUAGAAGAUAGUACUUUUUCAAAACUUUCUCUGUUAGAAGAACUUACACUUGCUGAAAACCAACUACUAAGACUUCCAGUUCUUCCUCCGAAGCUUACUUUACUUAAUGCCAAAUACAACAAAAUCAAGAAUAAAGGAAUUAAAGCAAACACAUUCAAAAAACUGAAUAAACUCUCUUUCCUCUAUUUGGACCACAAUGAUCUGGAAUCUGUGCCUCCUAAUUUACCAGAAAGUCUACGUGUAAUUCACCUUCAGUUUAACAGCAUAUCUUCAGUUACGGAUGACACAUUCUGCAAGGCUAAUGACACUCGUUAUAUUCGGGAGCGAAUUGAAGAGAUUCGCCUGGAAGGAAAUCCAAUUGCUCUGGGAAAGCAUCCAAACAGUUUUAUCUGUUUAAAAAGAUUACCUAUAGGGUCAUACUUUUAACCACCAUCAAUGCAGCUUAAAAUCUAAGGUACAUGUACCUAAUGUCUAAAGGAACAUAAGCAUUGGCUUAACACUAUCAUUUUAUCUCACUAUGAUAGAAUUCUAUGUUUAAACAAAGAUGUCCAAAAUUCUUAUAUGUAAUUACAAAAAUAAUCCAGUCUGAAUCUCUUAGUUCAAAACAAAAUAAUGUGAAACUAAACAGCAUUAAAAAUCUCCUUGUGGUUAUACCAGACUGCCAUCUAAAUAGCAUGCUUCUAUACAACACUCGCUUGAGAGUCACCAUUCCCAUGACUAAUGAAGGAAGAGAAUUCCAAGAAACUUUUAACUGUUUAUCUUUUUUAACAUUUACUGUAUCUCAAAAGCAUUUAAGACAGAUGUUCCAAAACCUGUGCAAAGCCAAGUGUUCCCAGUGAUCUUCCACUGACUGGCUGAUCCAUCGGCAUUCUCCGUAGAGCAGAAACGUCCUUUCUGUUGAGGCAGCUACUUCACUGUAUUUCUCACUUAGCCUAAGGAAAGGGGCGCCACAUGUAGGCAAACCUUUCCAGAGAAAGUAAAAUUUUUCUCUUUGGUACAGAGCCAAUUUAGAAAAGUUCAAUUUUCUGCUUUGAGUUUACAUGGAUCGUCUUCAGUCAAUUACUUAAAAAAAAACUUUGUAAGAAAAAAAGCAAAUUCCUACCCAUUUCUCAAAGAUUAAUGAGGUUCCUUCACUUUAAAAAUUCUCAAGUAUGAAAUAACUGUAAACUUUUUCACAGUAUAGGAAUUUGUUCAAAUAUAAGAAAUGAAAACAAAGUCUAUUCCAUUGUGCUGUGUGCAGUUUCACCUGUACCUUUUUACCUGAACAAAUUGAAUAUUCCUAAUUCUAGCCCAAGAGCACCAUUUCUCAAUGGUCAUGAUUUCCAGAUACAUGUAAUAAGUGAAAACCCAAUCUCCAGUCUAAUAGUGAUAACUGAACAAUGCAAACCAAAAUAAGCUUCAGAGAAAGGUGCACAGCCCACUCACAAAUAUUAGUCUAUAUAUUACUUUGGAGUUGAAUACAAAAUGAUCAGUGUUUUAGAAAUAUUCACCUUUUAUAUAUAAAAGUACCAAUCUCAUUUCCAUUAUAAGUUAUACAUUAGUCUCUACAUGAUCAUCCUAGAACACUCAUUGUAAGUGUUUGGUUGUUUUGUUCCAACCCAGACUGACUCCUCUCUCAUCUGUUAAGGCUGACCUGAGAUGAAACUUUUCACUAACACAUCUGUGAUCUGUAAGGCCACAACUAUUGCUCUAGUAACGUCUACUAGCUUGUUCAUUUUUAUAAGUUAAUUAUAGUAACUUUAUCCCACUGUAUCAUUUUGUGAGCAUGCCUCAUUUUCUGUGACUGAACGCUCACCAAGAGCACAGAACACAGUUCUACUUUUAUGACACUUAAUGGCAUAUGUGAGUUAAAUAUACAAUAAACACUGUAAAAUCUACUCAAAUAGAAAGGUUCUGUUUAUGCAGAAAAUACAAAUUAGUAUAAUCUUGAAUAAAUCAACUUAAAUAAAUCAACAGAAAUAAAGCGACAAGAUUGAGAAUGGACAA